UGGAGUUUUGACUGUUGCUGAUUCAGUUUCAACGUUUUGAAAUAAUUUUCUGUUUAUUUUCACCAAAAAUUUUUCAAAUUGCUUUAGUUUCAAGGGAUGGAUGAUGUUAAUUUUGCACACAGGGCACGCAAACGUAUAAAAGAAGUAAAGAAAAAAGCUCGACCAGAAUUAAGCACUAAAGAAUCCUGGAUCCAAUGCAAUUAUGCAAAUAAUUUUAAGAAAUUUUGGGACUUUACUGACAACUGUGAACGCAUUGAUGAAUCCAAAGUUUCACAGCGCGAAUUUAUAUCAAAUUAUGAGCUUCCCUACAAACCAGUCGUUAUCACUGGAACUCAGGUAGGCUGGAAAGCCAACGAAAAAUGGACCUUAGAAAAAUUGGUCAAGAAAUACAGAAACCAAAAAUUUAAAUGCGGUGAAGACAAUGACGGUUAUAAUGUUAAACUGAAAAUGAAGUACUAUGUACAUUACAUGCUCAAUUCUAAAGAUGAUAGCCCCUUAUAUAUUUUUGAUAGCAAUUUCGGCGAGCACCGACGCCGGAAAAAAUUAUUAGAAGACUAUGAAGUGCCCUAUUACUUCAGAGACGACUUAUUUAAAUAUGCGGGAGAAAACCGCAGGCCGCCCUACCGAUGGUUCGUCAUGGGCCCAGCCAGAUCUGGAACAGGAAUACACAUUGAUCCUCUAGGAACCAGCGCCUGGAACGCUCUCAUCCAGGGCCACAAAAGGUGGUGUUUGUUCCCGACGCACACGCCUAAAGAACUGCUGAAAGUGACAAGUUCUACGGGUGGCAAACAACUAGACGAAGCAAUCACGUGGUUCAACUUCAUCUACCCGAAAACCAAAGAACCGUCAUGGCCUGCCGACUGUCAACCGAUCGAAAUAUUGCAAAAACCGGGCGAAACCGUUUUCGUACCCGGAGGAUGGUGGCAUGUGGUCCUCAACCUCGAUACCACAAUCGCCGUGACGCAGAAUUUUUGCAGUAGGACUAAUUUCCCAGUUGUUUGGCAUAAGACAGCUAGAGGCAGGCCGAAAUUUUCGCGAAAAUGGCUCAAAGCGUUGGUUAAGCAUGAGCCAGACUUGGCCAAACUGGCUGAGAGGAUAAACAUAGAGCAGCCAUCAGGGAUGGCGUCGGAUAGUUCCAGCGACUCGUCGUCGAGUUCCAGCUCCGAUUCGGAUAGUACGGACUCGGAGGAUGGUGACAGUGGCCAAGAGUCGAUUACUGCGAAGAAGAAGAGGAGAAAGUCUGAUAACGAAUCAGAACGCAAUAGGAAAAUUUCUCGCACCAAUGUAAGUGAGCUCUGAAUGCGCCACGGAUUUUAAUUCAAAUCAUCGAGCUUCCAUAUCAAGUCUGUCAACGGAUGAUCCAAUGUCUGUGAGGCAAGAUUGAUAUCUAAAUUUUCAGAUUGUUUUUUUUUCUUGUUUGUUUAGUUACCAUUCUUUAGUCCGUUCUCCUAAAGGUUUAUUAGAAUCUUAUUAAUCUAGUUAAUUUGUUUCCGAGUAUUUAAACGUUGUAUUAUUUAUUAUCUCUUUCAAGAAAAAUUGGUAAAUUGUACACAAUACAGAUAUUGUAAAUUUGUGCCAAUUUUUGUAAGAGGUGACUCCAGCAGUAUUUAGAACGGCAUAAUUUACCAAUUUUUUAAAGGGGUUAUUGUUUAAAAAGUGAUUUUCUAUUUUGUAUUAUAUCUUAGCUCCCUCAAAGAUUAUGUAUAUAUUCCUUGUUGGGUCAUUUUGUGAUCUAAGCUAGUGCCUGAAUUUGUAUAUUGGUAUUUAGUAAAUAACUGCAAAUGUAUACACAAGAUGAAAAAUUAUUUAAGGCUCAAUAUUUUAUUGGUUAUUUUCACAUAGACAAAGACUACUUAAGUAUACAUGAGGACAAAUUGAUAUUUUAAUAAAAAUAUUACUGACUGGUCGACUAAAAUAUUAAAUUGUCCUACAUAUACUUUGUGAAAAUUAGACAGUAGUAAUUAUUUUUUUAGUACAAUUGUAGGAUAGGAACACUCAAUUUGACUAGGAAUUAUAUUCAGUCACAAAACAUAAUUGUUCAGGCACUUUAUCGUUUGUUAAAUACUUCUUAUUUAUUUACAGUUCAGUUACUGGGCUACAUACUUAAUUUUAAUCUGAGGACAUAAUUAAGUUUGGCUUAUUUUGUUACAUACCACAAAAUGGUGUUCAAGCCCAUUACCACCAAGUAUUACUCAGAAAAAAAUGAACAACUAUGUAACAAGUGUAAUCAACUUUCUGUGUGUGCCUUUUGUCUUUUGAAUAUUUCUAAAUAAAUAUGAAUUA